AUGGACAAAUGGAAAAUGCAGAGACUCUCCUCUAGUAAAGGUGGACCUAAUGUAGAAGUCGAGAAUUUUUCGCAAGCCAUUGGAAGAAAGUUAGAUAAAAAUAUUUGGUUUAAUGACGAACUUGCAACCUAA